UUGAACAUACUUUUCCUUCAAGAGGCUUGUUGAACUUGUUGACUUUCGUUUGUAUUUAAAUUUAUAAAAGGUUUAAUUUAGAGUUAUACUGCCCUAGGACCACCCGGAUGUUUCCGUCGACGAUCAUCUGCUUGCUACUGCUCAUCAUCGGCGCUGUCGCAGCCGACUGUCCUGAAGGCUAUGAGGUCGUCGGGUCCAAGUGCAUCCACCGUUACACGGGUGGAUAUCUGACGUACGACGAAGCGGCCACUUACUGCACCCAGCACUUCGGCAGGCUGCCUGUGCUUAAAGACUGCGCUUCCUUCACUGAUGUCGCCAACUAUGUCAACGAUGGAUACACAAUUAAUUACAACAAGGGCUACUGGUUAGGCGCGACCAAUGGAACGCUCACCAAUGUUUGGCAGUGGAGUGACGGAGCGGCCGUGCAAAUGGGCGGUCCAUACUGGGCCCUCAAUGCUGGAGAUAAUUUGGCAACGGAACCUGGCGGUGGAACGAGUCAGAACUGUGCUUAUAUAGGGGAUGUCUCGGGCUAUUUAAUCCGAGACUACGGAUGUGAUGAUACUGAUUUUCCAGUGUGCUCAAGACCUUCAGUAGAUGGUCUCUGCCAGCAUCCUUUUGUUUUGGUUGGCACUCAGUGUGUUCACAUAGUUCCUGCCGAAUACACCUGGCCCGAGGCUCGUACCCAGUGUGGACUGGUCGGUGGGGAUCUGAUUGUUGUAGACGACUGCGAUCAGUACCACAAGGUUGCCCUCUACCUCGAUGAACAAGGUUACCCUGACUAUUGGAUCGGGGGCUCAGAUGAGGCCGUGGAAGGACAAUGGCGCUGGGUUGACGGUUCGCCGAUGACCAUGGGACUGCCUUACUGGGCAACUUCUACAGAGGGACCGCAAGAACCCGACAAUCCUGGAAAGCAGAACUGCCUGGAGCUGAACUGCGCGUGGAUGUACCGCUUCAGCAGCGCGUGGUGCAGCGAUUUAAGACGGGUGAUCUGUGAGGCAGACCCCAUCUAGAGGAGUGCUGUUCAUGCCCCAUCU